CAGGCCGGGGCCGGAAGGAGAGACCGGGCGCCGCCGUGACGGGUCGGAGCUAAGCGGAACGGGAUGCUCGUCCUCUCUGCGACCGGAAAAGCGAGGCUGCGAGGGCUGGGCAGGGCGCCGCCAUGACAACCAGGCACCGGAAGGGGCGGGUCGCUCCGCCCUGACUGAUCCCACGCCGGCACCGGCCUCGAGAUGCAGGCAGCCCUGGAGGUCACUGCUCGAUACUGUGGCCGGCAGCUGGAGCAGUAUGGCCAGUGUGUGACAGCCAAGCCUGAGUCAUGGCAGCGAGACUGUCACCACCUUAAGAUGAGCAUUGCUCAGUGCACAUCCUCCCACCCAAUCAUCCGCCAGAUCCGCCAGGCCUGUGCUGAGCCUUUUGAGGCCUUUGAAGAGUGUCUUCGGCAGAAUGAGGCAGCUGUCGGCAAUUGUGCUGAACACGUGCGCCGCUUCCUGCAGUGUGCUGAGCAGGUGCAGCCGCCACACUCGCCCACAGCCCUAGAGGAGGUGGCGCUGUCCCAGGGACAUCUGCAUAAGCUCCUUUCAAGGGAGUCCUGGUGCUGGGACCUGCAGCUCGGAAAGGAAACGCCAAGGUGGAGGAUCACUCUCCAGAGCAUAUUUGUUUAUGCAGAAAAGGGACCUGUGGCCAUGCUCUAGGGCAUCUAUCCCUCACAGAAAGGGGGAUGUGUGGAAUGCAGGAUUCCUUGGUGACACUGAUAUGCGGUCAUGGCUCCCUGCCCUGAGCAAGCCAAGAGAUGCAAGGAAAUGACCAGAGUCCAGCUGCUCACGCCCGUCUGACCAUGCAUCUGGUGGGCUCACCGACCAUCUUGCAGUCGUAGCUUGACUCCUAACUGGGAUGGAUCUGUGUAACAGCCAGCAGAAUUUGCAUACUUUGGCCCUCACCAGUUACAGUAGAGGAUCCGAGCAGCGUGUGUCAAAACAAUAGAUAGCGACACCAAGUCUGGGAAAGUAGUGCAAA